AAUAUAUGCCUCAAUAGACGUGGCAUUCAAACCAAUUCCUAUUAUAUCGAUAACACAAGACUUUUACUUCAAUAUAAGUUUCCAUUGAGUGAAAUAAUUAUUGACUUUUACGACGAGUUAAAGUCUGUCACUUCGGGUUACGCCUCGUUUGACUACGAAGACAGUGGCUAUGAGAGCACCAAAUUAGUCAAACUUGAUGUACUUCUUAAUGAUAAACCUGUCGAUGAAUUGUCUCUUCUGGUGAGUGCGUUGAGAGCCAAAACAUACGGCAAGAAUAUAUGCCUUAAGCUGAAGGACAGUCUAAAGAGACAACAAUUCAAAAUCAAAAUCCAGGCCGCGAUCGGAGGCAAGAUUGUGGCGCGAGAGGACAUCAAAGCCUAUCGAAAGGAUGUGACCGCAAAGCUAUACGGAGGCGACACAACCAGAAGAGACAAACUAUUGCAACGCCAGGCAGAGGGCAAACGUAGACUCAGAAGAAUCGGAAACAUUGAAAUCACUUCCGAGACACUAAUCAAUGUCUUUAAGAAAUGAUCACUUCUUUACAUCUCUAGUCUAUUUACUGAUUAAUCCAUUUUUACAAUCUAUUAGUCAUUUUGUUGUAAUUAUAACAAAUAAGAUAACAAUUUAGU